AUGAAACGAAGCUUUCGCUUCUUCCCGUUUCGCCUGCUCUCCCUCUCGCCUGGCAAGAGCCCACCGCGCCUGGCGCAGGACCGCCGGCGGCCUCCGGCUCCCGGCCCCGCUUGCCCGCUCGCCCCACGCCCGACCGCCGCACUCCGGCCUCCGCAGCCGCGAGACUCCGCGCUCGGGCGCAGGCAGGAAAGGCGGCGGCGGCAGGCCGGCACCGGCGGGCGUCCGGCUCCCGGCGUCGCGGCCGCGCUCGCCUCCUUCCGGGCCCCUUCCCCCCCCGGCUCGCCGCUCGCUCGGGCGCAGGCCCGGCCGGCCGCCCCCUCCCCGAGCUGCCCGCCCUCCGCCUUCCCCGCGAGCCUUUCUCCUACCCUCGCUCCGGCGGGGGCGGGGCCGCAGCCUGCCCCUCCUCCCAGCGCUGCCCGCCGGCCUUUCCCCCGCACUCACGCCGCGGCAGGGGGCGGGGGCGGGAAGCCGACCGCCCUUCCCUUCUUUGGGCGCUGCGGCCGCGGCUCCCGCCCCCCGCCUCUCUCCCGGUCUCCCUGCGCGCCCUGCCCCGCCGCGACCCCUCGCCGCUGGUCCUCGGCCGGUCCCCGCCGCGGCCCCACAGUCGCCGGCCCUGCCCUUUGGUGCGGCCUAACCGAUCCCGGGCUUAGCCGGAUCCCCGGCUUUUCCCGGCCUGGCUCGCCGGCGACCCCGGCCCGGACCCCGAGAAUCACGGCGCGCAGUCCCCGCCGCCGUCACCACUGCGGCCACCUACUCGCUGCUUUCCCUUGGGUGCUUUUCCCCUUUUUACUGCCCUGAAUUCACAAGACCUGACCUUUGUUUGCUACCCCCUGGCCCCCCUGCUGCGGUGCCCGGCGCGCCUAGGCCCCCUCCUCACGUGGGCCAGUUUCGGCGUGCACCGUCGUCACCUCUGCUCCCACCCCGCCCCCGCCACCGCUCGCUUUACCUCCACCGCAUUCCUCAUUUUUCAGACAUUUGUCGCGGCCUCCUGCUCCGGUGCCAGGAGCUCUCAACAGUUUUCUCCCGUUUCGAUGGCCCUCAUUUCUUAGACCCACGGAAGAGACCCUUCUGGUCUUGCCGCCCGGAUUGUUUGGGCAUCUUACUACCAGUCUGGAUCCUAAGUCGUGUCCAACUCUUUUGCAACCCAUGGAAUGUAGCCCGCCAG